AUGUCUAAGAUCACAGUCGCCAAUGUCCGGACGCAAGUCGCCGAGCUCUUGGAGUACUCCAACGAGACCAAGAAGCGCAACUUCCUCGAGACCGUCGAGCUUCAGAUCGGCCUGAAGAACUAUGACCCCCAGCGUGACAAGCGUUUCUCCGGCACCAUCAAGCUGCCCAGCAUCCCCCGCCCUAACAUGGCCAUCUGCAUCUUGGGUGACCAGCACGAUUUGGAUCGUGCCAAGCACGGUGGUGUCGACGCCAUGUCCGCCGAUGACUUGAAGAAGCUGAACAAGAACAAGAAGCUGAUCAAGAAGCUCGCUCGCAAGUACGAUGCUUUCGUCGCUUCCGAGGCUCUUAUCAAGCAGAUUCCUCGUCUCUUGGGUCCCGGUCUGUCCAAGGCUGGCAAGUUCCCUACCCCCGUCUCUCACGCCGAUGACCUGACUGGCAAGAUCAACGAGGUCAAGUCCACCAUCAAGUUCCAGCUGAAGAAGGUUCUCUGCAUGGGUGUCGCCGUCGGAAACGUCGCUAUGGAGCAGGAGCAGCUGAUUGGUAACAUCAUGCUUGCCAUCAACUACCUUGUCUCCCUCCUGAAGAAGGGCUGGCAGAACGUUGGCAGCUUGACCAUCAAGGCUUCCAUGUCUCCUCCCAAGCGCCUGUACUAA